AUGGCCACAUCAAGUAGAAGCCCAUCACGACUGUUGGCAAGUAGGGCCACAUUUGCCAUGCUGCCUCUGAGGCUUUUGCCAGCUGACACCCACCAAAGGCAUCGUGGAGAACCUUCUGUGACUACAGGGGAAACCUGGUCCUGGGAGCAGUACUUAAAAGACUUGAGUGCUGUGGCCGCACCAGUUGAGCUGUUUUCCAAGGAUCAAUCCUUUCCAGAGCAUGAAAAUGGCUUUCAGGUUGGAAUGCGAUUAGAAGGCAUUGAUCCCCGACGUCCAUCUGUAUUCUGUGCGCUCUCUGUAGCUGAGGUAUGUGGUUACCGGCUGAGACUACAUUUUGAUGGUUAUUUGAGCUGCUAUGAUUUUUGGACCAAUGCUGGUUCCCCUGACAUUCACCCAGUGGGGUGGUGCGAAAAGACUAAGCACAAAUUGCAUAUCCCUAAGGGUUAUAGAAAAGAUAAAAUUGUUUGGAUGGAUUACUUGAAGGCCUGUAGAUUGCAAAAUGCUCCUAAGAAAUUAUUCAGAAACAGAAGUCCUAAUGGGCCAGUGCCAAAGGAGCUUCAGGUCGGAAUGAAGCUGGAGGCUGUGGACAGAAGGAACCCUCGCUUGGUAUAUGUGGCGGCCAUUGCAGACAUCGUGGAAGACCGUAUACGAGUGCAUUUUGAUGACUGGGAUGAUGGCCUAGAUUACUGGUGUGAUGUUAACAGUCCUUAUGUCCAGCCAGUUGGUUGGUGUCAGGAGAAUGGAAGAACUCUGGUAGCACCCCAAGGUUAUCCCGAUCCAGAAAAGUUUUCCUGGACAGACUAUCUGGAAGCUACUCAAACAAAUGCGGUGCCUGCUGGAGUUUUUAACACGAGGGCUCCUCAUGGCUUUUUGCCCAACAUGAAGCUGGAAGCCGUGGACAGAAGAAACCCCCGGUUAAUUCGUGUUGCCACCAUUAUAGAUGUUGAUGAGUACAGAGUAAAGAUUCAUUUUGAUGGCUGGGACCAUAAAUACGACUACUGGAUGGACGCUGACAGCCCUGACAUUCACCCCAUUGGGUGGUGUGAUGUGACAGGGCACCCACUGGAAGUACCAUAUGGGGCACACGACGUGAAAAUCCUUCCAGGUCAAGCUGUAUGUCCUACUCCUGGGUGCCGAGGAAUAGGCCAUAUCCGUGGCCCACGUUAUGCAGGGCACCACAGUGCUUUCGGAUGCCCAUACUCAGACAUGAACUUGAAGAGGGAAGCGACACUUCAGGACCGCCUGAGAGACCAAACAAGGACAAAUCUGGAAUCAGAGUCUUCACAUUCCAAAUCAGAAAACCUCCGUGAUUUGAAUUUCAAUGGAAAAUGUGAAAAGAUAAACAGUCAGUCCAGACUUGUACAGCAGGCAAAGUGUUUGAAAAUCAAAGGAAAAGAAGAUAUUGACUUGGAUAAUCUCUUCAGAGGUAAAAAUAAAUAAAUAAAUAAACCAACAACACAAAAACAAAAACCCAAUACUAGCAAAAGCACAGAACUUACUGGCUUUGGCUCUUCGUUGUGGCAUUUGUCUUCUCUGUCUGUUUGGCUUCCUUGUUCUGGUAGGAGAACCUAACCCGAAGUCAAGAGACUCUGAGAUUCGUGGUGUGCUUCCCACCAUGCGAAUAACAAGUGCUGUUACUUCAAAUCCCCUAUCUUAGUUUUCUCAUUUUUAAAGGUGAAAAGGUACCUGUCAUCUCUGUACUCUUCUUUCUGUCAGAAAAGAUCCAGUCUUGUGGAAGUCAGUGUUUCUGGUGUGCCCUCUGCUCCUCCAGGGGCCACUUAAUGCAGCAGGAAAAGUCACUGUGGUUGACAAAUUGCAAUGUGGGAAAAUGCAUGUUGUUAGUAGGUCAGGAGGAAAGUUACCGGGAAGAAAGCUGAUGUCAGAGACAAGAAGUUUGUCGGGAUCGCAAAAAGGAGAAGGGACAGCAUAACUUCAUUUAGAUGUUUCCUUCCAGUGACUGCUCGGGGCGGACAGGAUGUGAGGUCACAUUCUUGACAGCUGGCUAAGGUCUUCCUUGAGGCGCCUUGUCUUGGCACUGACAUUUUGAUCUGGUCAGAUGAAACAUUGGUCAUUUGUAGUUAGGAUGCUAUUAUGUCUUCGGCCACUGUGGUCUGAAACUGUCAGCUCUCAAAACCUCGCACCUCUGGCGAGUUUCCCGCUGAGUUGGAAAGAAAAUGAAUACAACUGGAUAGCACUGUAGCGCAUCUCCAAUGCAAUCCCCUGAUGGAGUUCUCUUACAAUAAAAGAGGACUGGGCAGUCACUACACCAGAGGGCUGUGAUGGCCAAAGCAAAACUACUCCUUUUGGAUGGGACAGAGCUCAGCCUGCGGUUGGGAGACCUGUGAAUUUCCAUCUCAACCACAAAGAGAUGGGGUCUUUUCUGGAGAAAACGGGGGGCAAUUGAGGUACUUGGCUUUCAUUGUACAUUUACACAUUUCUCAGAAGAAUUUCUGUAUAAUAUAGCCGGAGCUAAGCCUUGCUUUAAAUAAGUAAUGCAUAUUUUAGAAACUGCUCCAAAUGUUCUCAUCCAUUUCACCAAGACUUCAUUCUGUAAGCAGCAUGUUUUGGAACCACAUAAGAAACCUUUAAAAAAAAGAAGUGUUGGUGUUUUAAUUCAUAUUUUGACAUUUUUGAAAAUUUCUGCAGAGAGUAAUUAUGUAUAUGUUCCUGUUAAAACAGAUACACAGUUUUGUGCUUCACAUAGUAAAAGUAGUAAUGAGGAUCAUCCUGACCAAAAUAGAAAAUAUCUCUAGCAAAAGGCAUUUGCAUAAUGAGAAGAACGAGUCUCUUCCAGCUUGCUCAGUGUGCCCUUGUGCUUUUCUGCACCGUUUGUAAGAAGUUUAUACCCAUAUGUUUUUAUUUAAUUUUCCCCCUGCAUUUACUGAACUCAAUCAUUUUCACUUCCUCUCAGGGAGGUCUGUAAGUGACAGGUAGAGUAGUGAUGUCACAGUAUGCGUGGGGAGCUUUCGCCUUGUACAGAGCACACCAUUGUCUCAGAGCUUUGGAGAAAUGCAUUCAGGGAUCUGUUCUAUUGCAGGAAGAUGCACAGACUGUACAUGGCACCUGGUUUCUAGCCUAAUACAUCACUUAGAGAGCAACUUCUGUAUCCAGCCAGUCGUCACCAGUAUAAUUAAGUUCAUUUGCUCUGUUUCUAACCUGUGUGAGACAAAACAGUAAAACCAAGCAUCAUUCCUCUGCAAUUAAAUAAUUGCUUGAUACCAUUUCAUUGUUAAGCCUAUAA